CCCCCUUCCCCUUCCCCUUCCCCUUCCCUUCCCUUUGUUUUCCCAGUCCUGACUCCAACCUAACCUUCGUCCCCACUUCCACACCUUGUCCUUCCCCUUCCACCCCCCCCUCCUUUGUUCUAAUCCAAUAAUCCAUCGAUCCUGUCUUACACACACUCACACAUACAUUGUCGUUCUUUGUACACACAGACACACAGACAUUCUGACGGUCACACAACCCCAGUCGUCCGUCCCCACUGAUCGGUUCCAUCAGCGGCACGCCGUGAAUCAUCUUCAGCGUUAUCUUGCAACCCCCCCUCUUCUCUUCUGUCUGCUUUGUCCGUUCUACCUAUCGCUAUCGUUUCGCUCCCUGUGCCGCUGCUUUCUGCAGCACUAGGGAAGAACCUUGGGUAUUACCUUAGGCGCCCACCCUCCAUAGUUGCAAACUUGCAAGUUGCAACUGCCUAGUACCAGGUACAGCCUCCCCUUGUGGCGGAACACCGCCACACGCUUCCUUUUCUUUUCUUUUUAUUUAUUUUCAUUUUCGGUUUUCUGCCUGGUUGGGAAGCUUCCGCACUCCGCACAACUCCGACCAACACCCCAAACACCCUCCCUCACCGCCUGCCUUCUCUUGCCCUUGUCAAAGCUCCCGACAAAAGCGAUUUGCUCGACUUCCCGCUGAUCCGCUUCCUGCCACCUACCAGUCCAAACCACGACCAGCGCUCGCCCUCGUCUUUUCUGCUCCGACUGCAUGCGUGUCGUGGUCUCCGUUGACUUGUUCCGAGGAUCACUUGCAUCGUCGCCCGUUCCUGUCGCUCGCUUUUGGUUUCGCUGCAGGACCCGACCCAGCUUGUCAUCCCUUCCCGUUUUGGCGUCUGGACACCUCUCGCGUUUUUCCUUGACGCGCCCGGGGCCUUUUUGCGACGGCUUCCUUCACCUCCUGCCGUCCUGCCUUGGCCCGCCAUGUACGGCACUUCCCACUCCUCCGUUUCCGCCCCGAUGAAUGGGAUCGGGGGAGACCUCGUUGAUGGCUCGGGGACUAUCAAUCCGGCUGCCUUGAACAACAGCGGUAUGUAGUCUUGUUUUUUCUUUCCCACUUUCUUUGUAUAUCGCCCCCUCGACGGGUUUAACCUUUUCUUUCCCCCACACCCUUUCCCCCCCCAUCAUCCAACCCCUUGAUUCGACCACCCACAUGCUUUGUGUUUUGGUGUGCGAACCGUUUCCCUUUCAUCUCUUUCCGGGGUUGAACGUUCUUAUUGAUCCCCUCUUCACCCCUUCGGCAUUUACGCUUUUGUUUUGAUUGUGCUACGACGGUGAUCGCGUCGUUGUCGCCAUCUAUGGAGGUUCUUACAGUUCAUAAUCUUUCCAUCUGUCUGUCCAUCGCGACAACCUCCAAACUGACAGCCUUCUGCUAGUCGCAGUUGUUCUACCUGCCCCGUCCUACGCUGCGGCAGCAACAACAACAACCACCCUCACUCCCCUACCUCGUGGCGUGAAACGGAGUCGGACUCCGGACCUGCGGGGGAACGCGCGCGCUGAUGGGGACCACGAUGACGGUAUGUGUGCGUCGCGAGUACUCUUGCGGUCCGUCUUUUUCCAAUGGCCGUGAGGUACUCGACAGAGCCGCGUCGUCUCAUUUAACUUGAUUUUGAUUUGGUCUUUUUAAUGCUUUUGAACGCGUGCACACACGAACACAUGCUCUGUUUUCCUUCAAGGUCAUAUAAGCUAACGUGUGGUCUGCUCGACCUUGAUGGUAUAGCAGAUGACCAUGGUCGUCGCAAACGGGGCCGUCCCCCAAAGACGCCGCGCCCCUCCACCGCAAACACGAAUGAUCAGCCACAGUCGGCUGGCCUUCAUGUACAGACUCCUCGCAUGCAAACCCAGCCGCUCCCGCCCCAUGCCGGCGUGAAUGUUUCGCCUCCGCAGGCAUCGCCUUCCGACAAGACGACGCCGACCAAGACUACCCUCGUCAAGGCGCUUCCGACGGUGCGAGACCACACCACGGACCAACUCAACGACGAGGGAGACGAGUACAUCCCCAAAGAAUUCGACGAGGCUGGUGAGAAGAAGGUGGAUGCCAUGGGCUAUCCCCAGGGUGGUCGAGAAUACAAGUGUCGCACGUUCCGGGUUCCUCUUCGCGGCACAAAACUCUUCAUGCUGGCAACCGAAUGCGCGCGUGUUCUGGGGUAUCGCGACUCUUAUCUCCUGUUCAACAAGAACCGCUCUCUGCACAAAAUCAUCGCCACUCAAAUUGAGAAGGACGACUUGAUCCAGCAGGAUAUCUUGCCCUACUCCUACCGAUCACGCCAGAUCGCCAUCGUCACGGCGAAAUCCAUGUUCCGGCAGUUCGGCAGCAGGGUGAUCGUCAACGGCCGACGGGUGCGUGAUGAUUACUGGGAGAGCAAAGCGCGCAAGCAAGGCUUCACUGAGGACGACCUGGCCGGCGAGAAGCGACCCGGCGGCUCCAAGGCCCGUGAUGCGGCUGCCGCCGAAGCGGCGAGCGCGGCCAACCUAUUGCCAGCCCUAGCCCAUGGUGAUGUCAUCUACAGCAAUGCGCUCGAGGCGAUGCCAAACAGCUUGCCUCUGGGACCCCCGUCUUCGGUGUCCCACGCACCGCUCCCGAUGAUCCACAUGGCCACCACGACAGAUGAUCCGCGGUUGAGGGAAUACAACAGCAUGCCCCGGACCCGCCAGGAGUUGACCGGUCAACCGUACCAGGACCGGUCCCAGCCCAGCUCGGCCGCCGAUAUUUUGAAUCAAGCGUCGCAUACGGCCGAUUUCAACAAGAUCCUGAGCUCGCAGCGCAGCUAUCGUCAGAAGGGCCUGGAGGAUUUCUACUCCAAGCAACGCGAGAUCCCGCAGUCGGCGGCCCAGUCUCAGCCGGGACAAUUGGACACCGCCGCGGCGGUCUCCCAACCCUUGCAGUCGCCUCAAAUGCCCUCGGCCGGGGUGAUGAACUCGACCCAACCGCAGCAGCCUAUGAUGCCCCAUCAGGCGGCUCCCAUGAUGUCCGGUCAGUCAGGCUUCCAACAGCCCGCGGGACAUCACCAUCAGCAGCAGCCACCACCCCAGCCACCCGUUGGACAGUCCCCUGUUCGAGCCAUGCCUCCCGUCCGACCUGACCUCAUGCAUCAACGGUCCAACCCGGCUAUGUCGGGCGCGGGAACGCCGCAGCCUCAAGCACCGUAUGGGUUCCCAUCCCAGCCGCAGCAGAUGUGGGGCCAACCGCCGCCACAGCCGCAGCCUUCGCCCAUGCCGGCCAGCGGGCCCCAGGGCGUCGCGAUGCCGCAGUAUGCCUCGCAGUUACAUGCGCAGCAACAGCAUUCGCCUUCGCCUCUCGCUCAUUCUCUGCCGCAACAGCCACAUCCAUCCCAGUCCCCUCGUAAUCAGCCUCGUCCGUCCGUACCCCAGAUGCCGCAGUCGUUCCCCUUGCAUCACCCACAAGCACCUCAGCAGCAACCCAUGGCUUCGAUGGGGUUCCCUGGUAACACGGCAGCCCCUUAUCCCUCCAUGACAGCUGCUCGAGGUAUGUACCCGUCGACUCAAGGUCCGGGGGGCCAACCCUUCAUGGCCGGCACUCCCCCGCAGCCUGGAAUGGCAAUGGGGAUGAGCGCGGGUGGAGCCAUCCAAGGCUGGUCUCCGCAACCCGGGGCGCCGAUGCAACCGGGUCAUCCACAGCCCGGUCAGUCUGGAGCCCCCCUUGGAUGGUCCAACUACUGAAAGUGGGAAGAAAAUUGAACAAAGAAAAGAAGAAAAAAAUAUUUCUCGCUCUUUUUUAUAUUAUUUUCCUCAUGCAAUUUCAUGGGCCGGCGUUGUCCAGAACUUGGCGUUCAUGGGUACAUGAGGCGUCGGUACUGCAAUUGGUGUGAAUCUUGGUUAGUAGGUCCUAGGAAUUUGUUCACCCCUUUUUUUAUGUCUCUUGGUCUCUUCGCCUGUUGAGUGUGCAGACUCCCCCUUUUCUUUUUGCAUUCCGACUAUUUCUCAUUGUGCCGUUUUUCAUUUUUGCUACAACUUAUCCUUGGGAGUUCAAGGAUAAGAGCUAAUGAUAAUUUGCGCAUCUCGUUUCUAUACCCUCUGCUAUACCCGAUGCUGCUGUGUCUGUUUAUUUUAUAUAUCUUGCCUUAUGUCUUUGGUUACUAUGCAAGUAUGCUGAGGCUGUUGUUUUCCGAGCUUUUCGUCGAGGUGGCCGGAGAUGGAUUCACGUAAUGAGUAUGAAAACUGUGCAUGUUUCAUCUGUUCUAUGAUAGAGGGCCGGGUUCCAGAGUGUGAUGAUGACUUGAUCUUUCUUGCGACUUUUGGGCCAAGCGUUAUCGACCGCAAUCAAUUUGUUCCUUUGCUUUCUGUUCUUUCUUCUGCCAUGUCUGUCUUAGCAUCUAGGUUUCAAACUGCACUUACUCUACCCUGUCUAUGCACUCUACUUUUGGACAUUUUGGUAUCAGUGUCAUGGUGCAAUGUUUGUAUAUGUUCAUCCGUAAUCAACUGUUGGAAAUUAUCUUAGUUGUUUUGCCGGUGGUUUAGCAUAUGCGUGGGAUUCAGACUAUUGUAACACCGUAAGGGUGAGACUGCUUGUCCAACAGCUUGAUGCAUUCUACUUGUUGAUCCAAGUUUUAAGCUUUGAUGUGAAGUUAUUAGUAACAGUUGUACUCUGACGUCUAUUGCAAUCUGUGAGUCAUGUCUAUUCGUAUCAAUCAUGAUACCUAGAUCGAUAGAUGAUUGCCUACUGGACAACCUUAGAAUGAUAACUAGUUAUAGUUCUGCGAAUGAUUAGGUACGUACGUACAUUUCUUUUUUCCAUUCUACUUAUAAAGUAAAAGUAAGUGCACAA